GAGAGAGAGAGAGAGAGAGAGAGAGAGAGAGAUUAGCAUCUCGUUCCAAUGAAAUAUUUUUUGGCACUUUGACGAUGACAGCGAAAGGAAGACUUAAAGCGGUCCCCUUCCCGCUGAGCCACAGGUUAAGUAUGCGGGAGGUGUUCGACUGCGAGGGGAAGCCGCGUGUGGACCUGCUGAAGGCUCACCUCACAAAAGAGGGCCGUGUGGAGGAGCCCGUCGCUCUGCGCAUCAUAAAUGAAGGGGCUGCCAUCCUCCGGCAGGAGAAAACCAUGCUGGACAUCGAGGCCCCAGUUACAGUUUGUGGCGAUGUCCACGGGCAGUUCUUCGACUUGAUGAAGUUGUUUGAAGUUGGAGGGUCUCCAGCAACAACGCGGUAUCUCUUUCUAGGGGACUAUGUGGACCGAGGCUACUUCAGUAUUGAGUGUGUUUUGUAUCUCUGGUCACUGAAAAUCCUCUACCCAAAGACGUUAUUUCUACUGCGGGGAAACCAUGAAUGUAGACAUUUGACCGAAUAUUUCACUUUCAAACAAGAAUGUAAAAUAAAAUACUCGGAGCAGGUGUAUGAUGCAUGUAUGGAUGCGUUCGACUGCCUGCCUCUGGCCGCUCUGAUGAAUCAGCAGUUUCUCUGCGUGCACGGCGGCCUCUCGCCUGAGAUACACACGUUAGACGACAUCAAGAAGCUGGACCGGUUUAAGGAGCCUCCAGCUUUCGGGCCCAUGUGUGACCUGUUAUGGUCAGAUCCGUUAGAGGACUUUGGCAAUGAGAAGUCACAGGAGUACUUCAGCCACAACACAGUCCGCGGCUGCUCCUACUUCUACAGCUAUCCUGCAGUGUGUGAGUUCCUACAGACUAAUAACCUUCUCUCAGUCAUCCGAGCUCACGAGGCCCAGGACGCAGGUUACCGCAUGUACAGAAAGAGCCAGACGACAGGCUUCCCUUCCCUCAUCACCAUCUUCUCCGCUCCCAAUUACCUGGACGUUUAUAAUAACAAAGCUGCUGUGCUAAAAUAUGAGAACAAUGUGAUGAACAUACGGCAGUUUAAUUGUUCGCCGCACCCCUACUGGCUGCCUAACUUCAUGGACGUGUUCACCUGGUCUCUGCCCUUCGUAGGAGAGAAAGUGACAGAGAUGCUGGUGAAUGUGCUCAGUAUCUGCUCAGAUGAUGAACUCAUGAAUGACGGUGACGAGAUCUUUGAUGCCAAUGCUGCAGCAGCCCGUAAGGAGGUGAUCAGGAACAAAAUCCGUGCCAUCGGCAAAAUGGCCAAGAUGUUCUCAGUCUUGCGUGAGGAGAGUGAGAACGUGCUGACCCUAAAGGGCCUGACCCCAACUGGCAUGCUGCCCAGCGGAGUUCUGUCUGGAGGAAAGCAAACCUUACAGAGCGCUACCAUCGAGGCCAUAGAAGCCAUCGAGUCAGUUGAGGACGGAGAAGCUAUCCGUGGUUUCUCCCCUCAGCAUAAGAUCAGUAGUUUCGAGGAGGCGAAGGGUCUGGACCGGAUCAACGAGCGGAUGCCCCCUCGUCGCGACGUGGUCAACAGCGUGGGUCUGUCCAUGGGCCGCAUGAACAUGGCCGAGUCCAACGGCACCGACGACAACAGCAAUAUCCAGUGACUCCUCUACUCCUCGUCACUGUCCUCCUCUUCCUCCUCGCCCUCAUUCCCUCUCCCCCUCGCCCCGUAUUCCCUCUAAAGCAAUCCCUCCCUCUCGCUCUCUCCAUCCGCACUGCUGCUCCUUCUCUCUUUCUCUCCGCAGUAGACAAACAGCUGGUACACAGAGAGGUCCGGUUUCCAAACGCCCAGAGAGCCGGCUUCACGUUCAGCCGCCAUUCAAACGGAGGAAUGCAAAUUGACAGCUAAAAGAAGGAGCAUGUCUUGUUCUGUGGGCUUUUGUGUGCAUGUCUGUAAGUGUGCGUUUUUAUGGCUGAGAGAGGUAGAGAAAAGACAGAAAGAGAGGGAGAAAAAGAGAUGAGAGUGCGUGUGGGUUGCAUAAUGACAUAUUAACUGCAAACUGAUAAUAGGAUGGUGGUGUGAUUUUCUUAUGGAUGAAUAGGACUGUUUGCGUGUGUGUGUGUGUGUGUGCUUGAGCGUGGGAGGGUGAGUUGUGUAAUUACUUGGUAAGGAAGUAGGUUUUUUCACCGAAAGACUAUUCCUCUUUCUUUUUCUGCCAGCCGCCGCGGUUCAUGCUGAAUAUAAAGCCUCUGUGCUGUUCAUUCACUGUCAGAGGAGUGUGUGCGUUUCAGGGGUGGGAAAAAGAAUCGAUUCUUAGAUGCCUCACGAUUCGUUAAAUGGAAGAUUCUGAAUCGUUUUCACAAAAAAUAGGCUCUGGUUUCCCCUACUGCUGGGCCUGGGACACAUCAAGCGUACGUUUAAGAACUAGCAUGGUUGCCUUUCGGUCAGUUUGCCGUUGUGUCUCAUAUCCUGUAAAAAUUUGCACUCAAACCCACAAAAAACUGCAGCUGAUGGUCAACGUGUACUUGCAAGUACUCAGUGCACCUGUGCGAAAGGAAGUGCAGCAGCUCUGUGCAGGAGUUGGAAAUAGUCUAAAACAAAAACUGCAGCGUACAAAGUACAGAAUAUAUUGUUUGAACGUGUUAAAAGCUUUUAAAGCCUGUGUUUAUGCUACACCUAGGGUGUGAAAGUGAAAGUGGACCAGCGGUAGCAGUGAUGAAGUGAGUUAAAGUGCUCGGUCGCAUGUUCAUAAUUAUAUGAGUAUUAUUUUUUGUUAGUGUGUUACCAGAACACUCUCUGAGCACUCGUGCAUCCCUGUUUAUUCAUUUCAAUAUUGUUCUUGUUAGAAAUAUGAUACAUAUUGAUCAUUUAAAUAUUUGGACAUUCUAAUAGCAAAUACAGAUCUCUAGCGAUUAAACUUUGCUUACAUGAGGCUGUUCUCUGUGAACGUCCUCUUAAGUGCCAUUUUCUCGCAUUGCUCUCCUUCUUUUGCUUUCCUUUCUCUCCUUGUUCACCAACAAAGUGCUGAUAAGGACAGGCUAGAGCCAGCGAUAGGCCAUGGUCAGUCGCCUAUGCUCUCCCAUGACAGCGUCCAACAGCCAGUGAUUGGAAAAUAAACUCUCUCACACUCUCAGACAUCAGACAUGCAGCCCGGCUUGAAAAAGAAUGCAGGAUUUUACUAAUACACACAGGUUUGCACAAAUCAUAUAUAUUCAUAGUUGUGGGUGUUUCUGCAACUGUGGGCAGCUUUGGCUGUCCAAAUGUUUAGAAAAACCAUGUUGUUUAAAGGACUUUUUUCUCUGUUUUCGAGUGUCAAACAGCAUGUCUUUUUACAUGGGCUUUAGCAGACAGCUUUGUGUAUAUUUGAAAUGAAAUAAAACUUUAUAAAUAAAUGUAAUAAAUGUAACAUUAAGGUAAUGAGGAAAAUAUCGAAGACGAUUUUUACCUUGCUUUUCUGAGAGACAUAGAUUAGAUUUUCCUCACUUUUGUCCACACACUCUUUGAGUAACUUUAAUCAAAAGUAGGUUGGUUUGGUGUGUGGUGUUUGGUCAUUGUCAUGGUAAGAACAUAUAAAUGUGAAAUAUCAUAUUAAAGACUGAUUGAGAGCAGAAUUCAUGUAUUAAUAUUCUGGUUUAACGUACAGUUUAACAAACAGUGUAUUUACAGUUGAAAAAGAUGUAAUUUUGUAAUAUAAUUACCUUCUUUAAUGCUUUUGAAGACUGAAAUCGCAACUGUGCGACAUGAAUAAAACUGGUAUUUUGACCAAAAAUAUGCUUCACAGAAUACAUUAGCUCAGUGCAUUUAGCAACCACUUUAUUUGUGAAAGUGUGUUAUGACACUGCUAAAUCGUUUACUAUGCGUUAUGCUUAAACUAUAACCUGUUUAUCCAAAAAUUUACUGCUGGGGCUUAAAACUGCCUGUAGUUGCAGAAACACGCAUAUAAGAAGUAAAAGGCCUGAAAACAUUGCAAACAUAUGGUAUGUAGGAAUACGGCUUUGUUUAACAAUCAGUUGAUUGGCUUUCAGGCUAAUUAAGUAAUAACCAGAGUUAUUAGAAAUGUUUAUAUAGAAAUGAAAGACUAAUGCUGUGGCAUAGAAAGUGAAAAAAAUGUUUAUGUAAGCUUUUUCCCCACUGCUAAAAUAUCCCGAUGGUUCAGAUGAGUUGUAAAAUUAUUAAAGUGUAUAUAAUAUAUAUUAUGUUUUCUCAAAGUCACCUAUAGCUGAAUUCCAGAGUGACGUCUUUAAAACGUCUUAUUUUUUAAAUACAUAAAGCACAUGGACUGGACAUGGCUUACGAACUUAUUUACAAGAGCAUGUGUUGCAGUCUGACAUUUCUCCAGUAGGGGGCAAUGCUAGUCACUUUUGUCCACGGGGGAGAUGGCAGCCCUUGGUGCAAAAAAGCAUAACAGUGUCCAAGCAGGGAGACCAGAGGCUGUGAGUGAGUGAAUGGGAGUAAAUAGAGGAAAGAAUGUAAUAAUCAAGUGGUACAUACCUUUUUUAAACAGUAAAACAACUGAAAAUGGUUUGCUCUGAGUCGAUUCUCAGACAGCAGCCCAGCAUAAAUACCUUAAUGACAAUCCGAACAACUAAUACAUCUCCCAGACCAAACCAAACCAAAGUAGGCUUGUUUGUGUUAAAUCAGCCUUACUGAUAGCAGUUCCGAUUGUUCUAUAACCGAAAAAUGAGCAGGACAAAGUAGCACACAUUUAACUAACUGGCACAACUAAGCCAGCAAAGAUCUAAUCUGUGCUGUUUUUCCGCUACUUAAAAUUUACUUCACAAACUUAGGAUGAUAAAUGAUUGUUUACAUUCAGCUUGCAGCAGACAAAAACCCAGAAAAGUGUCUGUAACAGUGGCUUAAAAUGCUGGUACGUUUAGCUACAGCAGCAGUAUCACUUUGUAGUGCGACUGUUUCUGCAGUUAUCUGAUUAUUCAAUUGGUCAUGUAAACACAAUACUUCGAUCUAGAAAUCCGAUUAAGAAAUCUGAUAAAUAGAGCUGGAUU